GUAGCUGAGAGGAAGGCAGCAGUAGGAGGGCUGGGCUCUGCUCCUGAUUUCAGCUUUUUACAUCUAAAACAGCACCAAAAUUAAUAUUUAAACCUAAUAAAGGGAGACAGAACCCCCCCAGGAUGAGCUAGAGGCCGUGCUCCGUGUGUGCCAGCACUGAAACAUGGCUCGCUGCAGCAUCGUCCUGCUGCUGCUGCUGCAGGGCCUGCACACUUCAGCUGAGGGCUCAGAUGGGCAGCUGGUGUGUCUGUGUGACAGCCCCACCUGUCUGAAGGCGGACCAGGCCAGCCAGUGCCGUGGGACGCGCUGCUUCUCCUCCGUUAAGGUGGGCGGUAACGGCGUGAUGUUUGAGAGAGGAUGUCUGUUUGGACAGGAGAAGAGCCAGCUGCACUGCUCCACCGCCCCGUCCUUCCACCAGGCCAUCUUCUGCUGCUCCCAGGACAUGUGCAACGGGAACACCACCAGGAGCUUACUCAUCUCUCUGCUGCCCACAGCCCCAGAAGGAGAGCCGGUCCGGUACCGUGUGGAGACCCUGGCCCUCUUUGUCCUGGGCCCGGUGGUGGUCCUGGCUCUGCUGUCUGUAGCGUCGGUCCUGGCCUGCAGGAGGCUCCACCACGGCCGUCUGCAGAGGCUGCAGGAGUUCGACACGGAGCAGGGAGCUGUAGACGGACUCAUCACCUCCAACCUGGGAGACAGCACCUUAGCAGACCUGUUGGACCACUCGUGUACCUCUGGUAGUGGAUCAGGUCUUCCCUUCCUGGUUCAGAGAACUGUGGCCCGACAGAUCAGCCUGAUGGAGUGUGUCGGUAAAGGACGGUACGGAGAGGUGUGGCGGGGUCAGUGGCAGGGAGAGAACGUGGCGGUAAAGAUCUUCUCCUCCAGAGACGAGAAGUCCUGGUUCAGAGAGACAGAGAUCUAUAACACUGUGCUGCUAAGACAUGAAAACAUACUGGGCUUCAUGGCGUCAGACAUGACGUCCCGUAACUCCAGCACCCAGCUGUGGCUCAUCACCCAUUACCACGAGAACGGCUCGCUGUACGACUACCUGCAGCGUGUUGCCGUGGAGACGUCGGAGGGCUUGGCCAUGGCGGCGUCCAUAGCCUGCGGCCUGGUGCACCUGCACACAGAAAUCUUUGGCACCGAGGGGAAACCAGCCAUCGCACACCGCGACCUGAAGAGCAAAAACAUCCUGGUGACCAAGGAGCUGCGCUGCUGCAUCGCUGACCUCGGGCUGGCGGUGACCCACUCCCAGGCAGACAACCUGCUGGAUGUGGGCAACAACCCGAAGGUGGGUACCAAACGCUACAUGGCUCCUGAGGUUCUGGACGAGAGCAUCCAGACGGACUGCUUCGACGCCUAUAAGAGAGUCGAUAUCUGGGCCUUCGGCCUGGUGCUGUGGGAGAUCGCCAGACGCACAUACAGCAACGGUAUCGUUGAGGAGUACAAGCCUCCGUUCUACGACCAGGUCCCCAACGACCCGAGCUUCGAGGACAUGAGGAAGGUGGUGUGUGUGGAGCAGCAGAGGCCUUUCAUUCCUAACCGCUGGUUCUCUGAUCCUACUCUGUCUGCUCUGGUGAAGCUGAUGAAGGAGUGCUGGUACCAGAACCCGUCUGCACGACUCACAGCGCUGCGCAUCAAGAAGACUCUGGACAAGAUCCACAGCUCUCUGGAGAAGGGCAAGGAGUCGUGAGGGGGAGGAGCCUCUGGAGGAGCUGCCUGGAGUCACUGGAGCCUAGAGGUUGAGGAACCAGACCAGGACAAUAAGGAAUAAGGG